UGUCUUUUUUUGAGACAGUGUCUGUCCGAGCAGAAUGUUGGACCCGUCUUCCAGCGAGGACGAAGGAGACGAGAUGCUGGAGGUGGAGCGCCGGGAGGCGGCGGCGCCGAGGACUCCGACGGGAAGACGCCUGUCCCCGGCUCCAGGCGCCGACAGCGGCCGCAGACAGCAGCCCCAGGGCGGCGGCGGCUGCCGGCCCUCCAGCCCGAGUCCGUCUGUGGGCAGCGACAAGGAGAAGGAGGACCUGGAGAAGAUCCAGAGGGACGAGGAAGAGCGCAAGAAGAGACUCCAGCUCUACGUCUUCGUCAUGCGCUGCAUCGCUUAUCCCUUCAACGCUAAACAGCCCACAGACAUGGCCCGGAGACAGCAGAAGAUCAAUAAGCAGCAGCUGCAGACUGUCAAGGAGCGUUUCCAGGCCUUCCUUAACGGUGAAACCCAGAUCGUUGCCGACGAGGCCUUCAUCAACGCUGUCCAGAGCUACUACGAGGUCUUCCUGAAAAGUGAUCGUGUGUGUCGGAUGGUGCAAAGUGGUGGCUGCUCAUCCAGUGACUCUCGGGAGGUUUUUAAGAAGCACAUCGAGAAGCGGGUGCGCAGCCUGCCGGAGAUCGACGGCCUGAGCAAGGAGACGGUGCUGAGCUCAUGGAUGGCCAAGUUUGACACCAUCUACAGAGGUGAAGAGGAUCCCAGGAAGCACCAGCAGAGACUGACGGCCAGUGCCGCCUCUGAGCUCAUCCUCAGCAAGGACCAGCUCUACGAGAUGUUCCAGCAGAUCCUGGGCAUAAAGAAGUUUGAGCACCAGCUCCUCUACAACGCCUGCCAGCUGGACAACCCCGACGAGCAGGCGGCGCAGAUCAGGAGAGAGCUGGAUGGACGACUGCAAAUGGCCGAACAGAUUGCUCGGGGUGGAAGGUUUCCGCGGUUUGCCUCCAGAGAGAUGGAAGCCAUGUACAUUGAUGAGCUGCGAUCGUCGGUCAACCUGCUGAUGGCCAACCUGGAGAGCAUGCCAGUCUCCAAGGGAGGAGACUUCAAACUGCAGAAACUCAAACGAGGCCACAACACCUCCAUCAUGGACAUGGGCCAAGAAGACGAGAACAUCCUGCUGAAGUCCGACGUCGUUCUUUCCUUCACUCUGGAGGUGGUGAUCAUGGAGGUCCACGGUCUGAAGUCUCUGGCUCCAAACAGGAUUGUGUACUGCACCAUGGAGGUGGAGGGAGGACACAAGCUACAGACGGACCAGGCUGAGGCCUCCAAGCCCACGUGGGGGACACAGGGAGACUUCACCACCACCCAGCCCCUCCCAGCCGUCAAGGUCAAACUGUUCACCGAGAGCACAGGAGUGCUGGCUCUGGAAGACAAGGAACUGGGACGAGUUGUCCUCCAUCCAACUCCUAACAGUCCCAAGCAGUGUGAGCUCCACAAGAUGACUGUGUCCAAAGGCUGUUCAGACAGUGACCUCAAGAUCAAGCUGGCCAUUCGUAUGGACAAACCACAGAACAUGAAGCAUUGUGGGUAUUUGUGGGCGAUCGGCAAGAACGUGUGGAAGAGAUGGAAGAAGAGAUUCUUCGUCCUGGUUCAGGUGAGCCAGUACACAUUCGCUAUGUGCAACUACAGAGAGAAGAAGGCGGAGCCUGUGGAGCUCCUGCAGUUGGAUGGCUACACUGUGGACUACACGGACCCCCAGUCGGGUCUCGACGGUGGUCGGACCUUCUUCAAUGCUGUUAAAGAAGGCGACACUGUGAUCUUUGCCAGUGACGACGAGCAGGACCGGAUCCUGUGGGUGCAGGCCAUGUACCGGGCCACCGGACAGUCGCACAAACCCGUCCCUCCCACACAGGUCCAGAAACUCAACUCCAGGGGGGGCACGGCGCCACAGCUGGAUGCACCCAUAUCUCAGUUCUAUGCUGAUCGCGCACAGAAGCACGGCAUGGACGAGUUCAUUUCAGCCCACCCCUGUAAUUUUGACCACGCCUCCCUGUUUGAGCUGGUACAGCACCUCACUCUGGACCACAGACUCAGCGACUCCUACUCGUGCCUGGGCUGGUUCAGUCCCGGUCAGGUCUUUGUCUUAGACGAGUAUUGCGCUCGUUAUGGAGUUCGAGGCUGCCAUCGGCAUUUGUGCUACCUGAGCGACUUGUUGGAGAGGGCGGAGAAUGGUGCCAUGAUUGACCCCACCCUUCUGCAUUACAGCUUUGCCUUCUGUGCCUCCCACGUGCAUGGAAACAGGCCAGAUGGUAUUGGCACCGUGACACUGGAGGAGAAGGAACGCUUUGACGAGAUCAAGGAGAGGCUUCGGAUUCUCCUGGAAAACCAGAUUACACACUUCAGGUAUUGCUUCCCAUUCGGACGGCCAGAGGGGGCGCUCAAAGCAACACUAUCAUUGCUUGAAAGGGUGCUGAUGAAAGACAUUGUUACUCCGGUGCCACAAGAGGACGUCAAGGCUGUGAUCCGUAGGUGUCUGGAGCAGGCGGCACUCGUCAACUACCAGCGGCUGUCAGAGUACGCAAAGCUGGAAGGGAAAAAGAGAGAGAUGUACGAGCAUCCCGUCUUCUGUUUGGCAUCUCAAGUGAUGGAUUUGACCAUUCAGAAUGUAGGGCGGUUAGUCACCCCCGCCAAGAAGCUGGAGGACACCAUCCGGCUCGCCGAGCUCGUCAUCGAAGUUCUUCAGCAGAAUGAGGAGCAUCAUGCUGAGGGAUCAGAGGCCUUUGCGUGGUGGUCCGACCUGAUGAUGGAGCACGCUGAGACCUUCCUCUCUCUCUACUCCGUCGACAUGAAUGCGGCACUUGAGGUGCAGCCGCCCGACGGCUGGGACAGCUUCCCUCUCUUCCAGCUGCUCAAUGACUUCCUGAGGGUUGACUACACCCUGUGCAACGGGAAGUUCCAUAAACACCUGCAGGACCUGUAUGCCCCGCUGGUGGUGCGGUACGUGGACCUGAUGGAGUCCUCCAUUGCUCAGUCCAUCCACAGAGGCUUUGAGAGGGAAUCCUGGGAACCUGUCAAUAAUGGCUCUGGGACUUCUGAGGAUCUCUUCUGGAAGUUGGAUGCCCUGCAGACGUUCAUAAGAGACCUUCACUGGCCAGAGGAGGAGUUUGGCAAACACCUGGAGACCCGGUUGAAGCUGAUGUCCAGUGACAUGAUUGAAUCAUGCAUAAAGAGGACGCGGACGGCCUUCGAGGCCAAGCUUCAGAAGAGCAGCCGGACCACAGACUUCCGGGUGCCACAAUCCAUCUGCACCAUGUUCAACGUCAUGGUGGAUGCCAAAGCUCAGUCCGCCAAGCUGUGUGCCGUGGACCUGGGUCAGGAGAGGCAGUACCAUUCACAGAUUGACCAUCUGAUUGAGGACAUGGUGAAAGAGAUGACAACCCUGCUGGUGGCAAAGUUUGUGGUCAUUUUAGAGAGUGUCUUAGCCAAACUCUCCAGAUAUGAUGAAGGGACGCUCUUCUCCUCCUUCCUAUCUUUCACAGUGAAAGCUGCCUCAAAGUAUGUGGACGUACCUAAGCCGGGCAUGGACGUGGCUGAUGGGUACGUGACCUUUGUUCGACAUUCCCAGGACAUGCUGCGGGAGAAGAUCAAUGAGGAGGUCUACGUGGAGAGAUUAUUUGAUCAAUGGUACACCAGCACGAUGAACCUUCUGGGGACCUGGCUGACUGACCGCAUGGACCUACAGCCAGUCUAUCAGCUGAAGAUCCUGAUCCGGAUUGUUAAGAAGAAGUACAGAGACUUCCGUCUCCAGGCGGUGUUGGACUCCACAUUAAACAGUAAGAUGUACGAAACAGUGAAAAACCGUCUGACACUGGAAGAAGCUACCGCCUCAGUGAGGGAUGGCGGGAUGCAGGGAGUCUCCAUGAAGGACAGUGAGGAGGAGGACGAUGGGAACUAGAGGAGGAGCUCUGCAUAGGACGGUCCACUAACCCUUUGGCCAGAUGUCUCCUUUCCUCCAUCCUUCACUUUUUAGUUUCACAUUUC